AUGGCCGCCGCGCGGGUGCUGCUGCUCCUGUCCGGGAACCCGGAACCGGCCAGCUUCGCGCGGAGCGUGUGCGGACUCCUGGGCGCCGGGCAGGCACUCUGCCCCCGACCCACGCACUGCAGCUUCAAGCGGGGACAGCUCGUCCUCUCGGACAGGCCGUUCCCAGAUGCCUCGACCACACUUCCUCUCCAGCGACCCCCUUUCUGCCCUUUUGCGGCCCUGGACCAGCAGCCCAGCGCUCCCCAGACCGAAUUACCCACAAACCGAAGUGUGGACUUGGGUGUGGCUGUCCUUCUGCAAUCCAGCGAGCAGAGUGUUCUGCUGACACGACGGACGCGCACCCUCAGAGUUUCCCCCAAUCUCUGGGUACCCCCAGGUGGGCACGUGGAACUGGAGGAGGAGCUGCUGGAUGGAGGACUUCGAGAGCUUUGGGAAGAGACAGGACUACAGCUGGCUCAGGGCCAGUUCUGCUGGAUCCCUCUGGGGUUAUGGGAGUCGGCCUACCCACCUAGGCUGAGCUGGGGAUUCCCCAAAUAUCAUCACAUCGUUCUCUAUCUACUAGUCAUCUCCCAGGAGUCACAGCAGCAGCUGCAGGCAAGGAUCCAACCAAACCCAAGUGAGGUGAACGCCUUUAUGUGGCUGAGACCAGAUGUAGCAGCCGCAGUGGCUGCCACAGAGGAUGGAACAGAGACAACCAGAACUCUCCCCCAGGACCUACCACCCUUUGUCCCUGCAGUGGAGCUGCAGGAGAAUGGAGAAACCCAACCUCUGUCCCUGCCCAUGUCCACAAUGCUGCGGACUACCCCAACCACAGCAGAGGGCGAAGAAAGGGUCAGCACAGGGACCAAGUUUGCUCUCAAGCUCUGGCUGCAACACCUGAGCAGUGGAGCUCGCCUGAACCCAUGGCCAGCCAAAGAAGCAAAUAUGAAUCCUCUUCCCCAAAGUCCACAAGUCCCUCCUUAA